CUCGGCGAAGUGGCCCGUUAAUUACUAACGUCAUCGCUUUGCUAGCUCAGCGACUUAAUAUAAAAUCAAAUAUGAGCUAGCCGUGCCCACUGAAAAGAGGACAUGUCUCACUGAAGUUCAAAGAUGCAUUGUGUUGGAUUUGCGGUGUCUUAGCUUGUAUGGAGACAUGUUUGAUGUCAACCUGCAGCCCCUGAAUCGUUGGUCACGGACGAUGCUGGUGUUCUCAGCAAAGGUGCCCAUCAGGAGGUAAAGAGGAUGAGGUUGGAGUUACUUCCAGGUCCACAUAGUUUCCGAGAGUGGCACGUGUACGUGGCAGAACAUCUUGCUUUUCAUUUUUAUCACCAGUGUUCACCUGCAUCAUCUAGAUAUUUGGGGAUGGAUCUUAUGAGAUAAGACGCAGUGUCGAGGAAACUGGGAUAGGGCAUCUUCUGCGUGAGUUGGAUCCAAAUGAUCGGGCGGAUGAAACCGGGGAGAGGCUUUGAGGAUGCAGCCAGAAAGCACACCAGUGCAGACAGGUGACUGGUAUUCAUGCGGACCUCUUGGAGUACAUGGAGCAGCAUCUCAUGAAGGAUACGAUACAACUCCUUCACCUCAUCUAUUCUCCAGGUGACGCGAGUUUUUAAACUGCCGGAUUGAUUCAAAUCAAGUGGCGAGAGAGCGGAGCCAUGUGCACGUUGUCGUUUCACCUGAUUGCCGUGUUUGUGGCUGCCCAGGUGAUCCACUGCAAAGCGAGUUGCAACAGGCAAGCCUCACUCGAGUGGCAUGUCAAGCAGCGCACGGUCCAAAUGAACUGGACUCUCGUGGGAAACGUCUGCGGCAGCGUCUCUGAGUGUUGGGAUUUUCCCGGGGGGGACAUUUCGGCCGGGCACCCUUUCAACUUCCCACAGAUAUGUCCACUUCAGCUGCAGCAUGGAGACAAACUGCUGAUGUCCGCUGAUGAAACGCUGAAGUCGUAUGGCAUCACACUCCUCAAUGUGUCAAGAGAGGACUUUGAAAGCUGUUCCACGGGUGAACAGAUGAAAGAUCAGUUUCUUUUCCCCGGCAUUAUAAAAGAAAGGGAGCCGGUCGAGGCCAAGUGGCUCAUCCCGGGUCAUCACUACUUCAUCGCUCUGCACGAGGGAGACGCGCAGCUGUGCAGGCUCGGCUUGCGGCUCAAUGUGUCUGUCAGAGCGCAGCUUUGUCAGGCCUCCCCUCUGCUGCGGCUUUGUUCGGGGAACGGUGUUUGUCAGACAGGCCCGUGGGAAGGCGCAUACCACUGUCGAUGCCACCACCGCCACUCGGGGAGGUUCUGUGAAAAGUCCGAUGCCUGUUUGGAUAACCCGUGCGAAAACAAGGGAGUCUGUUUGAGCAAUGGAUCGGCAGAUCCGAACCACAGAACGUAUAAGUGUCUGUGUCCUCCACAUUUCACAGGGGUUAACUGCUCCGAGGUGGUCGGGAAGGAAAACUGUGACAGGAUAUGUGAAUAUGGGACAUGCGUUCAAGUGUCGCCCGCCUCCUUCAAAUGCAGCUGUGACACAGGAUUCUCCGGCCCACCGUGUGAGCGGAGGAAAGCCCCCUGCGAUCCAAACCCGUGCAGCAAUGGCGGCGAGUGCGAGGAGGAGAGCCCCGGAGGAUUUGUCUGUCGCUGUCCGGAGGGGUUCGGGGGCCUCACCUGCGACUUCCGAUUCGACUCGGAUUGCCUGCUGUACUCGUGUCAGGAGGAGCAAAUUUGCGGCGCGGGGGAGCACGACUCCGAAUGUGUCUGCGCAGAUGGUAAUGUGGUCUCAGCGUGCAGGAGGCAGCAGAACCCGUGCAGCCCAUCAGCGUGUCUCAACAAUGCCACCUGUGUGUCCAGGGGAAAUGAUUAUGUCUGCAGAUGUCUGAGAGGGUUUUCCGGGAAGAAUUGUGAAGAAGUAAUUGACUACUGCAGGCUGCUCAAUAUCAGCUGCCUCAAUGAGGGAUUGUGCUUCAACAUAAUAGGCGGAUAUCAGUGUGUUUGUGCCCCGGGAUGGAUCGGAGAGUUCUGUCAAUAUGUAGGCGACGCCUGCCUGAUAAAACCAAACAGCUGUUUGAAUGGAGCCACGUGCAUUACAACAAGUCAGCCAUCAUCCCCCCCUCAGUACACCUGCAAAUGUCCCCUCGGCUUCACAGGAGCAAAAUGUGAGACUCGGAUCAGAAAGUGUGACUCCAGCCCCUGUCGGCACAAUGGCACGUGCUCCGACCUGCCAGGACACUACGAAUGCCAAUGUCCUACAGGUUUUCAAGGGAAGAAUUGUGAAGUUGACAUGGACGCUUGUGCUCUCCCCAACAACACGUGUCCACCGAAGACUCAAUGUUUGGAUCUCCCAGGCGGCCUUGAAUACACCUGCCGUGUACCCUGCCCUCAGAACCUUCAACCAUGUGCCAAUGGAGGACGCUGUGUGCUGAACAAUGCCAGCAGCUACACCUGUAUUUGCACACCUGGCUGGUCUGGUCAGAACUGCCGUGUAAAUGUCAAUGAUUGUGUUCGACACUGGUGUCAAAAUGGAGCCACUUGUGUGGAUGAGAUUGAUGGUUACAGCUGCCUUUGUCCCAGAGGAUACACAGGCAUCUACUGUGAAGAGGACAUUGAUUACUGUGCUGGCCAUCUCUGCUCUGAACAUGGUGUUUGCCUGGACCAGAAGUACAACUUCACCUGCCGCUGCACACUCGGAUUCGAAGGGUCGCUCUGCGAACUGGAAACAAAUGAGUGCAGCAGCUUCCCCUGUGCGAGCGGAGCCACCUGUGUGGACCUAAUCAGUGAUUAUCGGUGCCACUGUCCCCGAGGGUUUGAGGGAAGGACCUGCUCGGAGAACGUAAACGACUGCUGGUCGCAGCCCUGUCUAAAUGGAGGCUCGUGUGUGGAUCUGAUAAAUGACUACAUUUGUCAUUGUCCUUUUGGAUUCAAGGGGAAAGACUGCUCUGUGGAUAUUGACCUUUGCUCAUUUGGAAUGUGCAGCGAGCACACAUUAAUAUGCGCCGAGACCAAGGGUGGACAGGAUGUGUCUUGCACAUGUGAAAGAGGGUUUGGAGGGUCAUUCUGUGAAGUAAGUCUCGAUGAGUGCGAGUCCGAGCCAUGCCAGAACGGCGGUAGUUGUGUGGAUGGCAUUGACCUGUAUCAGUGCUUCUGCUCGGAGGGGUUCGGGGGGUUUAACUGUGAAAUCAACUAUGAUGAAUGUGCCCAUGGACACUGCGCCAAUAAUUCCACAUGUAUUGACCUGGUUGCAGACUAUGAGUGCAUCUGUCCUUCGGGCUUCGCUGGGAAGAAUUGCUCCACACCUGUCUCGGCGUGUGCGUCAGAUGUUGAGUUCUGCAAAAAUGGAGGAAGCUGCUCCCACAACACAGCUGGGGAAAUGUACUGUAUUUGCCCUCCAGGAUACCGUGGCAACGACUGCUCUGCAUCUGUGAACCAAUGUGUGUCAAAUCCUUGCGACCCUGAGGGGACGCUCCUCUGUGAAGAGCUGGCAAAUACUUAUAGGUGUGUGUGUCAACACGGGCACACCGGGCCGCACUGCAAAACGCCUAUAAACCACUGCGUCGACGGCCUGUGUCAACACGGCGCCACGUGUGUUGAUCUAUCAGGAGGGUUCAAGUGCGAUUGUUUACCCGGUUUAACGGGCCGCUUUUGCGAGAUAAACAUUGACGACUGUGAGGUAAAGCCGUGCGGAGUCCUGAGCAUUUGUGAAGACACACUCGGCGGCUACACUUGCUUCUGUGCGCCUGGGUUUAUUGGAAAUAACUGCGAGAUCGAAGUGAAUGAAUGCCUGAGCCAGCCUUGUCAAAACGGAGGCUCAUGCAUCGACGAGCUCGACUCGUUCAGCUGCUGGUGUCCUCUUGGGAUCACAGGGGAACACUGUGAGGUCAACGUAGAUGAGUGCAUGUCUUCACCCUGCCUGCACAACGCCACAUGCGUCGACCUCGUUCACGGCUAUGGAUGUGUCUGUAAGCCUGGCUUUACAGGUACAGAGUGUGAACUUGACAUUGACGAGUGUGCUUCAUCUCCCUGCAAGAAUGGAGCCACUUGCAUUGACCGGCCCGGUAAUUACUUCUGCCAAUGUGUGGCUCCAUUUAAAGGUCAUAAUUGUGAGUUCUUACCCUGUGAGGCCAGUAAUCCGUGCGAGAAUGGCGCAGUGUGUGUGGAGGAGUUGGAUCAGGACCAUUUCCCCUUGGGUUUCCGCUGUCACUGUCGCCGGGGCUUCACUGGCCCCCGCUGUGAAAUCAAUGUGGAUGAGUGCAGCUCCAGCCCCUGUUUUCACGGCUUCUGCUAUGAUGUUGUAGACGGCUUUUACUGCCUUUGCAAUCCUGGCUACGCCGGGCUGAGAUGUGAGCAAGACAUUGAUGACUGUGUGAACAGUUUGUGCAGCGCCAACUCAAUAUGUAAGGACCUCCAUCUGAGUUAUGAGUGUGUGUGUCACUCCGGCUGGGAGGGGGAGUUCUGCCAACGAGAAAUUGAUGAAUGUUUAUCGCAGCCCUGCAAAAACAACGCCACCUGCACAGACCUUCUCAACAGCUACAAGUGUUUGUGCUCACCGGGCUGGACAGGUGUGGACUGUGCAGAGGAUGUGAAUGAGUGUGAUUCCGGGCCCUGUCUAAAUGGAGCUCAGUGUCAGGAGUCAGACGUACCCGGGGAGUUCUCCUGCACCUGUCCACCCUUCUUCAGCGGCCCCUUGUGCAACCAGCCUUAUGACCCCUGCGACCCCCUCCACAAUCCCUGCCUGAACAACUCCACCUGCCUGACACGCUCCAAUGGAACAGCCUUCUGCAGAUGCCCAGCUGGAUUUGAGGGAAGUCGGUGUGAAAUUGACACCAAUGAGUGUAGUUCAAAUCCGUGCCAGAACCAGGGCGACUGUGUGGACCGGGUCAACAGCUACAGCUGUGAUUGUAAGAUGGGAUUUUCUGGCCUUCGCUGUGAGGAAGACAUCAAUGAGUGCGCCUCGAGCCCUUGCCGCAACACCGGCGUUUGUCAAGACCUUGUGAACAAGUUCCACUGCAUUUGCCCUCCUGGUUAUUUUGGAACGCUGUGUGACCUGGAUGUGAACGAGUGUGAAGUUUCACCUUGCCUACACGAGGGCAUCUGUAUCAACACGCCCGGGGGCUUCAAGUGCGUCUGUCGCCCUGGAUACUCAGGGCCACGGUGUGAAGGUAACAUCGACGAGUGCGUCUCAAACCCAUGCCAAAAUAACGGGCGGUGUAUCGACGCUGCUAAUCGAUACCGCUGCUUGUGUCCUGAUGGCUUCACCGGGCUCCACUGCGAGACCAACGUUGAUGAAUGCACGGCAGUGCCCUGUCUUCACGGGAGCUGUCAAGAUGGGGUAUAUUCAUACUCCUGCCUUUGUGAUUCUGGAUGGACCGGCAGCAGAUGUGAAAUAAAUAUUGACGACUGCGCUCCCCGUCCCUGCUUGAAUGGAGGCUCGUGUGUGGAUCUCAUUGAUAAAUACGCGUGCUUCUGUCAGGAUGGAUACGCGGGGAAAACUUGCGAGAUUGAUGUCGAUGUCUGCAAGGCAUCUAACGUCUCGCUGUGUUUCAACGGAGCCUCCUGUCUUGACGGUGAGGGAUCAAACUUCACGUGCAGCUGUCCGCCGGGUUUCAUGGGGGACUUCUGUGAAGUGGAAGUUAACGAAUGUUGCUCAGCGCCCUGCCACAACGGUGCCAUUUGCCAAGAUCUUAUUAAUAGCUACGUCUGCCACUGCAGGUCAGGUUGGACAGGCCUUCACUGUGAGGAUGACAUUAAUGAGUGCCUUCCACAACCCUGCAACCAGGGGAUAUGCAUUCAGAAUGAACCGGGCUAUGGCUACACCUGUUUCUGCCGUCCUGGAUUUGUGGGGAGGAACUGUGAGCACAACUAUGACGACUGCCUGUUGGAUCCAUGUCCGGAAGCAUUUUCCUGUGUAGAUGGCAUCAACAAGGUCAGCUGCCUGCCUCCUGUUACAGAUUCUGUUCCCUUGGCGACUGUAGUCAAGAACAUCACUCGCGGCCCCACACCCAGAGCGCCGACGCCAACACUCAGCCCGGCACCAGCAGCUGAUCAAUCCACAGAUUCAAGCUACACUCACUACUUUGGGGAUUCGUACCUGGAGUUUGAGGGUAUCGACCUUGACGCGCUCAACAACAUCACUGUGAGAUUUCAGACUCGAGCGGCUCAGGGAACUUUGCUCUACGUGGACCAAGGGCCUGCCAACGGCGAUUUCUUCUUCAUGAAACUCUACAUCAGGGAGGGACGCUUGCAGUACGCCUUUUGCUGCAAUGAAGAGGAAGAUGUGAGACGGAUCGGCACUGUGGUUCAUGUCGAUGACGGCGAGGUUCACAUUGUUAAUAUCAGGCAACGCUUGACCCCCUGUGAAGCAGAGCUCACUCUCUCUGGUCACGAGAAAAUCAGAAGCACAGCCAGUAAUUAUUGGUUGGGACACAUGAUCCAGAAAACGAACCACAUCUUUACAGGCGGUCUGCCACAACAAUAUCUACCCAAUCAGAGAGCGAAGCCUUUCCACAACUACACUGGCUGCAUUGAAAUAAUUGAAAUGAAUAAACUGAGGAGCUUUUACACAUCCGACGCCAUCGCCAGCAGCAACGUAGAACAGUGCAGACACACAUUGUAUGCCGUGGAAGCUUCGACAGCAACUUCCUCAAGUUUGACAAUUCAAUCAACCACCUCUGACAGAGUGAACGUAACGAUGGCUGCGGCGGCGGAAGCUUCCACGCAAGCACCAAAACAACCUCCGCGUGAACCUCAACUUUGCCGCGACGGUCUCUGCCGCAACGGAGGGACGUGUCAUCAGCCGCCUGGCAGAGCUCAGCCUUCCUGUCACUGCCCGCUUCACUUUACUGGAACUUUUUGUGAGAAAGACACCACAGUAUACAUCCCCUCAUUCGAUGGCACAUCUUACUUGGAGCUGCAGCCUCUUGCAUCCCUUCUGCAGCCUUCUGGUGCCGGCAAUAAUCUGCCUACUGCCGUCAAGGACACCACCGUUAUUCUCUACCUGACAAUGAAAACAGGAUCGACGCAGGGCACCAUCCUCUACACUCAGGAGCAGAACUUUGGGGAUCAGUUUCUUCACGUGUUCCUUCAAGAUGGAGGCCCUGUUGCUCAACUUGGGUGCGGUGGCAGCCAUGUUUUGAAUGCAGCUGCACGACAGAACAUCAAUAAUAACAGAUGGAUGACGAUCACGGUCAGAUACAAUCUGCCUGUCGGCAAACAAGGAGGGUCAUGUAUGAUUGAAAUAGCUGCAGAUAAUGGCACAGCUCAGCGUCUGGAGGAGUACGUGUCGCACCCCGUGUCGGAGGGAACCUUUGGACCCAUAUUUCUUGGGGAUGUUUCGUCCCACUGGGAGAUGCAUGACGGGAGCGCAAAGGGAGUGCGGAGAUUCAUUGGAUGUAUCAGGGAACUUCAGGUCAACUCGAAGGAGAUUUACCUGGCGGGUGAGGCGGUGAGAGGGAGGAACAUCAAGAACUGCGACCCGCCUGUCUGCCAGCACCUUCCCUGUCGGAACGGAGGGACUUGCGUCAGCGAUGCGGAGGACUGGUUCUGUGAGUGCCCCCCGCUCUACACAGGCCGGCUGUGCCAGUUCAGCGCCUGCGAGCGCGACCCCUGCGGUCACGGAGCCACAUGCAUCCCCAAGUCGCCGCUGGAAGCCGUGUGCCUCUGCCCCUACGGGAGACAGGGUCUACUGUGUGACGAACCCAUCAACAUCACCCGUCCCAGAUUCGGCGGCAGCGAUGAGUUUGGUUACACGUCCUUUGUGGCCUAUCCCUCCGUCCCCAGCCUCAGCCUCUUCUACGAGUUCAAGCUGAAGUUCACGCUUGCCGACAACUCCUCCGCUGUGAGAGACAACCUGAUGCUGUUCGCCGGCCAUAAAGGACGAGGCAACGACGGCGAUGACUUCCUCGUCCUGGGGUUGCGAAACGGCAGAGUCGUGCACAGAUUCAACCUCGGGUCAGGAGUGGCAGCCAUCGUCAGCGAUCGACUGAACCACCGGAUCGACAUUCACACCGUUACGUUUGGAAGGUCAAAGAAAACGGGAUGGCUGAAGGUUGACGGUCAACGCAACAGGACGGGCUCGUCUCCAGGACCCCUGGUCGGCCUCAAUGUUUUCAACCAGCUCUUUGUGGGUGGAUAUAAUGAGUACACCCCCGAACUGCUGCCACUUGGCUCCAGGUUCCGUCAUGGCUUUCAGGGGUGCAUUUUUGAUGUGCAGUUUAGCACAAGGAGAGACGGAAAGUUCCAAGCGCUGGGACAGCCUGCGGGACAUCCAGCCUUCGGGCGCAGCGUGGGUCAGUGCGGCGUCACCCCGUGCGCUCACGUCCGCUGCAGAAACGGAGGGACGUGCGUGGACUCCGGCUCCUCUGUGUAUUGCCAGUGCCCAUUAGGAUGGAAGGGAGCGCUCUGCUCUGAGACCCUGUCUGUGUGUGAUGUCGAGCACAGUCCCCCUCCUCUGUGUGCCCACGGCUCCACCUGCAUCCCUCUCCCCGACGGAUAUACCUGCCAGUGCCCCCUGGGGACGGCGGGGCUCCACUGCGAGAAAGCCGUGACCAUCACUGAUCCAUUCUUCAGCGGUAACCAGUCAUCAUGGAUGUCAUUCCCACCUAUGAGUAUCAGACACAGGACCGUCGUGCAGCUGCAGUUCCAGCCUUUAUCACCUGAUGGCAUCCUUUUCUACACUGCACAGCAUCUCAGCGCCAGAGCUGGAGAUUUCUUCUGCAUCUCCUUGACCUCUCGGUUCGUGCUGCUGCGGUUCAACCUCGGGGACGGUGUCCACGUCCUGAAGUCCACAGAGCGGGUGGACUCGAGUGGUAGGACCUGGCACACGGUGAAGGCUGGCCGCUUUGGUCACCAAGGCUUCCUCAGUCUGGAUGACAAGGAGGUUAGAGAGAACGGGACUGAAGGGAUGGCCACCCUGGAGGUCGCUACAGACCUCUUUGUCGGGGGCGUGUCCACUCUAAGCUUCGUCUCCCCGGAUGCAACAGAAGGGGAGCCGAUGGGCUUCACCGGUGGUUUGAGAGAACUUAUAGUCAACGGUGAAGAGCUGGAGUUAACAGAGACGGGAGCAGUGAGCGGAGCAAACGUAGGAGACUGGGAUGGGACCGCCUGCGGGUACAAGGUGUGCCAAAAUGGAGGCCGCUGCUUGGCAACAGGAAGUGACUCAUUCACAUGCAUAUGCCCACCAUCAUGGACCGGCUCAGUGUGCAACCAGUCCGUAAGCUGUGUAAACAACACCUGCAGACACGGCUCCUUAUGUGCUCCAUCUAUUGUCACCUCGUACCGCUGCAUAUGCCCGUUAGGAUGGGGGGGCAGGUACUGCGACGCACAAAUCACCACUGACACCCUCAAGUUUGUGGGAGACUCCUACGUUAAAUACCAGGACCUGAGAUACAACACAAGAAAUUUUAAAAACACGCAGGUUUCUUUCAGCUUCCACACAAGCUCCAACGACAGUUUGAUCAUGUGGAUGGGAAAGGCUGAACAGGAAGACGACGACUACCUCGCCGUCGGACUGGAGAACGGCCACCUCAAGAUCGCGGUCAACCUCGGGGAGAGACUUUCCCUCCCGAUGACUGUCAGAAAUCUCACUCUUUGCUGUAACAAAUGGCAGAAUGUCUCCAUAUCUUUAAACGGCACAGUCAUUCAGGCGUUCCUAAACGGUAAGAGAGUCCUUUCCCAAGAUGUGGACCCAUUUGAGCGUUACGUGGCCUUAAACUACGGCGGUCACAUUUAUUUUGGAGGAUUUGAGUUGAGCAGAAAUGUCUCAAUCGUCACUUCUGGAUUGUUUUCAAAAGCGUUUGAAGGGAAUCUCAGAAAUGUAUUUUUGUUUAAAGAUACCAAGCCGCUGCUGUUUCUCAGUGAUAGUGAGGGUUUUAAUGUUUUUGAGGGCAAAGAGUAGUAGUGAAAAUAGUCAAAACCAUCUUAAACUUGAUAGUUGUGUUAUAGUGCCUGAUGUGUUUCACACUCGGCAGCAGUUAGUUUACAAUUUUAUGAAGAAAAGUUCAAAUUUAACUCUAUUCUGGUUUUAAUUUUUUUUAACACUGUACAGAUGGAUUUCAUCUGUUUUAUGGAUCAGUGUAGAGCUGCAAUAAUUGAAAGAAAAGGAAUCACCAACUAUUUUGAUAAUCGAUUAAUCACUUCCAUCAUUUUAUGAACAAAAAUGUCAAACAUUUGCUGGUUUCAGCUUCUUAAAUGUUUUGAUUUGCUGUUUCUCUUUAGCAGUAAUAGUAAAUGAAGUCUUUGGGUUUAGACUUUGGGCUCUGGGAAAUUGU